AUGCGGCUCUGGAGUUGGGUGCUGCGCCUGGGGCUGCUGAGCGCCGCGCUGGGCUGCGGGCUGGCGGAGCGCCCCCGCCGGGCCCGGAGAGACCCUCGGGCCGUGCGCGCCCCGCUCCCCGCGGCCGGCCCGGCCACCUGCGCCACCCGGGCCGCCCGCGGUCGCCGCGCCUCGCCGCCGCCGCCUUCGGGCGGUGCCUGGGAAGCCGUGCGCGUCCCUCGGCGGCGGCGGCAGCGGGCUGCGAGGGGCGCGGAGGAGCCGAGCCCGCCGAGUCGGGCGCUCUAUUUCAGCGGGCGAGGGGAGCAGCUGCGCCUCCGGGCCGACCUGGAGCUGCCCCGCGACGCCUUCACUCUGCAAGUGUGGCUGAGACCCGAGGGGGGCCAGAGGUCUCCAGCGGUGAUCACAGGGCUGUAUGACAAAUGUUCUUAUACCUCGCGUGACCGAGGAUGGGUCGUGGGCAUUCACACCACCAGUGAUCAAGGCAACAGAGACCCACGCUACUUUUUCUCCUUGAAGACGGACCGGGCCAGGAAAGUGACCACCAUUGAUGCCCAUCGCAGCUACCUCCCCGGUCAGUGGGUGUACCUAGCUGCAACCUACGAUGGGCGGCUGAUGAAGCUGUAUAUGAAUGGGGCCCAGGUGGCCACCUCCGGGGAGCAAGUAGGUGGCAUAUUCAGCCCUCUGACCCAGAAGUGUAAAGUGCUCAUGUUGGGGGGCAGUGCUCUGAAUCACAACUUCCGGGGCCACAUUGAACACUUCAGUCUAUGGAAGGUAGCCAGGACACAGCGAGAGAUACUGUCUGACAUGGAAACCAGAGGCCUCCACACUCCUCUACCUCAGAUCCUCCUCCAAGAGAACUGGGACAAUGUGAAGCGCGCUUGGUCUCCCAUGAAGGAUGCCAAUAUCCCCCAGGUGGAAGUCAGCACUGCCCACGGUUUCCUGUUGGACACCAGUUUGGAGCCCCCUCUUUGUGGGCAGACGCUGUGCGACAGCACAGAAGUCAUCUCCAGUUACAAUCAGCUCCCAAGUUUCCGUCGGCCCAAAGUGGUGCGCUACCGUGUGGUCAACGUCUAUGACGAUGAGCAUGAGGACCCAACUGUGAGCCAGCAGCAGAUUGACUUCCAACACCAACAGCUGGCUGAGGCCUUCCAGCACUACAACAUCUCCUGGGAGCUGGAUGUAUUGGAAGUCAACAGUUCCUCUCUGCGCCACCGCCUUAUCCUAGCCAACUGUGACAUCAGCAAGAUUGGAGAUGAAAAAUGUGACCCUGAAUGCAACCAUACACUGACCGGCCAUGAUGGUGGGGACUGCCGCCAGCUGCGCUACCCCGCAUUCAUGAAGAAGCAACAGAAUGGUGUGUGUGACAUGGACUGCAACUAUGAAAGAUUUAAUUAUGAUGGUGGAGAGUGCUGUGACCCAGACAUCACUGAUGUCACGAAGACAUGCUUUGACCCUGACUCUCCACACAGAGCCUACUUGGAUGUUAAUGAGCUAAAGAACAUUCUUAGAUUGGAUGGAUCAACACAUCUCAAUAUUUUCUUUGCAAACUCUUCAGAGGAGGAGUUGGCAGGAGUGGCAACUUGGCCUUGGGACAAGGAGGCCCUAAUGCACUUGGGUGGCAUUGUCCUGAACCCAUCUUUUUAUGGAAUUCCUGGACACACCCACACCAUGAUCCACGAGAUUGGGCACAGCCUGGGCCUCUAUCACAUCUUUCGUGGCAUUUCAGAAAUCCAGUCCUGCAGUGAUCCCUGUAUGGAGACAGAGCCCUCAUUUGAAACUGGAGACCUCUGCAAUGACACCAAUCCAGCCCCCAAACACAAGUUUUGUGGCGACCCUGGACCAGGAAAUGACACUUGUGGCUUUCAUAGCUUCUUCAACACUCCUUACAGCAACUUCAUGAGCUAUGCAGAUGAUGACUGUACAGACUCCUUCACGCCCAAUCAAGUCUCCAGAAUGCACUGUUACCUGGACCUCGUCUACCAGAGCUGGCAGACCUCCAGAAAGCCAGCACCUAUAGCUCUUGCCCCCCAGGUUGUGGGCCACACAACUGACUCUGUGAUGCUAGAGUGGUUCCCACCCAUCGACGGCCACUUCUUUGAGAGAGAAUUGGGAUCAGCAUGCGACCUUUGCCUAGAAGGGAGAAUCCUGGUACAAUAUGCUUUCAAUGCCUCCUCCCCGAUGCCCUGUGGACCCUCAGGACACUGGAGUCCUCGAGAGGCAGAAGGUCAUCCUGAUGUUGAGCAGCCCUGUAAGUCCAGUGUCCGAACCUGGAGUCCAAAUUCAGCUGUCAACCCACACACAGUCCCUCCUGCCUGCCCUGAGCCACAAGGCUGCUACCUCGAGCUGGAAUUCCGCUACCCCUUGGUCCCUGAGUCUCUGACCAUCUGGGUGACCUUUGUCUCCACUGACUGGGACUCUAGUGGAGCUGUCAAUGACAUCAAACUAUUGACUGUUCAUGGAAAGAAUAUCUCGUUGGGUCCACAAAAUGUUUUCUGUGACAUCCCACUUACUAUCAGACUCCGGGAUGUGGGGGAGGAAGUAUAUGGCAUCCAGAUCUAUACUCUUGAUGAACACCUGGAGAUUGAUGCAGCCAUGCUGACAUCCAUUGUGGACAGUCCCCUCUGCCUGCAGUGUAAACCCCUGCAGUAUAAAGUGCUCCGGGACCCACCUCUCCAAGACGACGUAGCCUCAUUGCUCCACCUCAACAGAAGAUUCAUGGACACGGAUCUGAAACUUGGCAGUGUGUACCAGUACCGGAUUAUUACCAUCUCGGGCACUGAAGAGAGUGAGCCAUCACCUGUUGCCAUAUACACCCAUGGAAGUGGAUACUGUGGUGAUGGCAUUAUCCAGAAAGGCCGAGGAGAAGAAUGUGAUGACAUGAAUAAGAUCAAUGGGGAUGGCUGCUCCCUUUUCUGCCAGCAAGAAGUCUCCUUCAACUGCAUUGAUGAACCCAGCAGGUGCUAUUUCCAUGAUGGGGAUGGGAUGUGUGAAGAAUUUGAACAAAAAACUAGCAUUAAAGACUGUGGUGUCUACACGCCCCAGGGAUUCCUGGAUCAGUGGGCAUCCAAUGCUUCAGUAUCCCAUCAAGACCAGCACUGCCCAGGCUGGGUGGUUAUUGGACAGCCAGCAGCAUCUCAGGUCUGUCGAACCAAGGUGAUAGAUCUGAGUGAAGGUAUUUCCCAGCAUGCUUGGUAUCCUUGCACCAUUAAUUACCCAUAUUACCAGCUGCCUCAGACCACAUUCUGGCUCCAGACAUAUUUCUCUCAGCCAGUGGUUGCUGCAGCUGUUAUUAUCCACCUGGUGACUGACGGGACGUAUUAUGGGGACCAAAAGCAGGAGAGCAUCAGCGUGCAGCUGCUUGACGCCAAACAUCGCAGUCACGAUCUAGGCCUCCAUGUCUUGAGCUGCAGGAACAAUCCCCUGAUUAUCCCUGUGGUCCAUGACCUCAGCCAGCCCUUCUACCACAGCCAGGCGGUACGUGUGAGCUUCAGUUCGCCCCUGGUCGCCAUCUCGGGGGUGGCCCUCCGCUCCUUCGACAACUUUGACCCCGUCACCCUGAGCAGCUGCCAGAGAGGAGAGACCUACAGCCCUGCUGAGCAGAGCUGUGUGCAUUUUGCCUGUGAAGCCACGGACUGCCCAGAACUGGCUGUGGAGAAUGCUUCCAUUAACUGUUCCAGCAGCCACCGCUUCCAUGGUGCCCAGUGUACUGUGAGCUGCCAGACUGGUUACGUGCUGCAGAUCCAGCGGGAUGAGGAGCUCAUCAAGAGCCAGGCAGGGCCAAGCAUCACCGUGACCUGUGCGGACGGCAAAUGGAACAAGCAGGUGGCCUGCGAGCCAGUGGAUUGCGGUAUCCCAGAUCACCACCACGUCUAUGCUGCCUCCUUCUCCUGCCCGGAGGGUACCACCUUUGGCAGAAAAUGUUCCUUUCAGUGUCACCACCCCGCCCAGCUGAAAGGCAACAACAGCUUUCUGACCUGUAUGGAAGACGGACUGUGGUCCUUCCCAGAGGCCCUGUGUGAACUCAUGUGCCUCGCCCCACCCCCAGUUCCCAAUGCCGACCUGCACACAGGCAAGUGUCGAGAAAACAAGCACAAGGUGGGCUCCUUCUGCAAGUACAAGUGCAAACCUGGAUACCAUGUGCCUGGCUCAUCUCGGAAGUCCAAGAAACGGGCCUUCAAGAUUCAAUGUACCCAAGAUGGCAGCUGGCAAGAGGGAACUUGUGUGCCGGUGACUUGUGACCCACCUCCACCAAAAUUCCAUGGGCUCUACCAAUGCACUAAUGGCUUCCAGUUCAACAGUGAGUGUAGGAUCAAGUGUGCAGACAGUGACGCCUCUCAGGGCCGCGGAAGCAACAUCAUUCACUGUCGGAAGGACGGCACCUGGAGUGGCUCUUUCCAUGUCUGUCGAGAGAUGCAAGGGCAGUGCUCAGCCCCAAACCAACUCAACAGUAACCUCAAGUUACAGUGUGCUGAUGGCUAUGCCAUAGGGUCCGAGUGUGCCACCUCGUGCCUGGACCACAACAGUGAGUCCGUCAUCCUACCAGUUAACGUGACGGUGCGUGACAUUCCUCACUGGAUGAACCCAACACGAGUCGAGAGGAUCGUCUGCACUGCUGGCCUCCAGUGGUACCCGCGUCCUGCUAUGAUCCACUGUGUCAAAGGCUGUGAGCCAUUCAUGGGAGACAAUUACUGUGAUGCCAUCAACAACCGAGCCUUCUGCAACUAUGAUGGUGGGGACUGCUGCACCUCCACAGUAAAGACCAAAAAGGUCACUCCUUUUCCUAUGUCCUGUGAUUUACAAGAUGACUGCGCAUGUCGGGACCCUGAGGCCCAAGAACACAGCCGGAAAGACCUUCGGGGAUAUAACCAUGGCUAAGGAAAGACAGGUGUUAUCAAAGAUUUCCCAGCGCCAGAACCCGCAUCCCUCUGGUAUUGAUUUCACAGUCUGCUGCUCGAUGAAAUGGCCUCUCCACACCAGGGAUCCUUAGCACCCAGCCAGUCUGCCUUUAAUUUCACCCAGCAAGGCCCAACUAUGGGGCAAUGAACCAAGUCUCACCAUGUUGAAUGAUGGAAUGGAAUACUAUCCCGCACUCCAAGGAUUGUGUACACAGCAUGUAGUCCCAGAGCCUCUGAAAAUUCUUACCAUUUGUCACAUGACCACAGCCCAACAACAACAACUUCAUGCGCAUCUGUGGUUAGUACGCAUGCAUGCAUACACACUUAUAAAAACGUCUGUGUGAGGGCAGUUUUGAAAACUGAGCAGAAAACAACUGGAAAACAAAAACAAAAAACAAAAUCCACAACCUUUCCUUUCCCAAGCUCCUAGCCAACACUGCCCUUGGGAGGAAGAGAAUUAUAGAAACUAGAACCAAGCACUGAGAAGCCAAUAUAGCUCCGAAUCGGAGGCUCACACACAUAGUGCACACAUUCUUGUUCAGUGCUUUGGGACCAGAAGUGAAAUGGCUUGUAACUACCAACCUUCUAGGGAACUAGGACUCCCCCCCCCCCGCAAUGGUAAAGAUUCCAAGGUGUGCAAAGCUCCGAUUGUUCUGCCGCCAUGGGGAUUUUGCCCCAACACCAGGGUGCAAGGCUGAGCUGGAAAUGGCUUAGGACUGCAGAAUCAAGGUAUUCUAUCAGCUCCCUGCUUGAGGCUUGAGGUCUUCAGAUCCCUUCCAGAUCCCACCCAAUUUCCAGAUCUUACCUUGGGACCACAUUUGCUGCUACUCUUCCUGCUGCUCUAUCUAAUAAAAUUGAGUACCCUAAGAUGGUAGAACUAGGUUAGAACAAACUUCAUGUAACAGUGUAGACUGCCUUAAAAGUGAUUCAUAUUUUUCCACAGUUCCUCACUUCUUGGCCCAUCUGCAAGAAAAAAAAAAUCUUCAUGGGCUUAAGUUCUUCAUGAGUAGACUUCUCAUUCUGGAAAAUAGUUGAGAGAUGCCAGAUGCUGGAGCCCUUCCUGAGAGUCCAGAAUGUCUAAGCCAGUGUUAGAUUUUCUAAUCAAGUGCAACAGUGUUAAACUUGGGAAUGCUGGAGCUACCCAGAAGCUGUCAGAAUAGUUAGGACUUGAGCUAUUGCCUUAUCCCAGUCUUCCUAGCUCUCUAGGCUAGAACAAGCUGUGGUCUUGAGACUCUCACUAUCACUCUCAGCAGAAUUAGUUCUGAAACAUUUUGGAUAUGGGCAAUGUAGACUGUCUUCUAAAGGAACAGAAGAACAUUGAUGGGAAACCCUGGCAAUCCGGAUUGAGAACCCAACCUAGUUAUCAAAAUUUCCAUACACUUUUUCAGAAGUUGGGACCUCUUUCCACAUCCAUUCCUGUGCUCAGUCCUUCUCCUCCCGUAUUUAGUCUUCACACGUUUAGAGGAAAUGAGUCAACUGUACAUGUAAGCCAAAAAUGUAUGCAGAACAUUUUUUUUGUUUCUGUUUUGUUUUCAGUUUGGGGUUUUUCUUUUUUGGUCUCUUUUCAGUUACCUAUACAUACCCUCUGAAUUAAUAUGGGACGUGAUUAACAUGGAAUGAGGUGGAUAGAGUAGCUAACUUUGACGUAAUUUGUGAAAUAUGGAGCUGGGAAGCAAUAGGAUGGGAGGAUCUAAAUGAAUCAUAUAACAUCAAAAUGACAGUCCGUCAACUGAUCUCAAGUCUAGUGGAAAUAACCAAUAAAAGCAAAGUCUGGGAUAGAAUGCAAAAUGCCAGCCCAUGUGCAGCCAGCCUGCAUCUAAGGCAUUCAUUGUUAUUCCAUCUUGUUCUCCUCUGUACCGAGACCAACAUAACAUCACCAACACUGUUUUAAUAUUAUAACCAAUAGCUUUUUCCUACUGAGCAAGAACACUUGAAAAGGUAUCUAUUGACCAUCUGUGGUCUCUAACAGCAAAAGCAUUGCUAAGGUGCUUCUGCACUGGUACCCACAAACACAGAUACAGUGCUUAGAUCCUGUAGCUUUUCUUACUUCUGUGGUUAAAGUCUAGAAUGGAGAAGCGAUCACCAAUGUGAUCAAAAAGCACUUUGCCACCUCCAAAAGCAUAUCUCAUUUAUACACAGGGCAUUUCACCCUGUAAUUACCAGGACCAAUCUUUAGCAAAAUAUAAGAACAAUUUUAUGGGAACUGGCCUGAUUGUGUUUAACUCUUUAAGACUCUCAAAUGUUUGUCAAGCCUUCAGGCCCCUCUUUUACCCUCAUGUGCUAUGUCAGCAUAGAAGGGACAAGCUAAAGAACAGUGACAGGGCCAGCCCUCCCAACAGCUUAAUAUGCCAAUGAAUAGUAGAGAAACCCCCAAAGACCCAAAGAUGAUGUUAUUAAUAGCAGACCACAAGAACUUCCCUCAAUCGAUCCUCAUCCAACUCUAUCUUCAGUCUCACUGUCUUUUGUUCCUAUAUUCUCCAGCUGGGCAAAGAUUUCUGGAGGCUGGCUCCUAUGUUAAGAUUCAUAGACUGAAUUAGACAUUUACAGACAGAGCCCCAGCCAGUUUCCUUCUAGCUGCCAUUCAAACCUGCUAUGAACAAAUUUGUAUUUGCUGAGCCUAAUAGCUAAAGCGGGCUACACAAUUGGAAGCCUGCCUUAUGCUCACAAGGAUGUGUAAUUCAUAAGAUCUUCUCAGACCUUAGUGUGGGACAGUCAGCUGUAUUUUCACAAUGCACUGAUUCCCAGUUUCAUUUUCUUUCUGAGAAUAAACUCCUUGUCACAUCCCCUCUCUCAUCUGUUUUGGACAAUGGAGUAAUCAAGAGGAGGCGGGUCUGAAGCAUGUUGGACAUCCACAGCUUAGGAGCCAUAAAGCACUGGGAAGUUCUGCAGCUGAAGCAGUAUCAGUCUGUUAGCAGCAAGGAAGCAAAGAGGAGAUGGACAGUUCUCUGAGCCCCAUCUGGAAAACUGUUCCAAACCACAGCUCACUGUCUGCCCAGAGGACUUGCAUUACCCCUACAUUUUGUGCCAACAACCUCGUAAGGGAAGUCAGUGUGGGAAGUCAGUCAGUCCUUGGGAAGUCAGUGUGGGUAGGUGAAGUGGGGUGUAAAGCAGAGGAGAGAUUAACAGUCUUAAAUAGCAGGCCUUUAAAGAAGGAGGAAUCAGCUGCUGCUCUUGGCCUCAGCAUACUGGGCCACUGCCGAGACCAUUCUCUGUCUCAUUUCCACUUUGGCCAAUGCUUAAACAUUUUUGUUGAAAAUAAUUCUUUGGGAAAGAUUUCAGCUACCUCCCUUCCAGGUUCAAUUUAACUUGGUUGUAACUGUCAAUCUGUUAAAGGUCUUACCUGUGUGAUUAAAAAAGAGAAAGAAAUAGAAAAAGAAAUGAAAGAAAAGAGAAGAACACAAUAAGAAGGAAGCAUAGUCAUGUUAAAAGUUUCAGUGUGUGUGUGUGCGUGUGUGUGUGUGUUUGUGUGUGUGUAUGUGUGUGUACAUGAUUUUAUUUCUGGAACUACUUAAAAUGAGAAAAUAAAUAGAAGAAACUGAAGGUGGCAAAGUUGUAAAGAUAGAAAUGACUAGAAGACAGUAUGAUUACAAGGAGCUAAAAUGCAUGUAUCAAACCUAAGAAUAUGAAAUCUAUUCUUGUGCUUCCUCGAGGAGACUGUUCUACAGACUGAGUAGGUAGAGAUGACAUAGAGAUUUCUCUAGAAGAUGUAGCAUGGAGUUUUAUGGUGCUGCCUAACAUUUUCUGUACAUUGUGGUAGUACCAGAAAGUAAGGCAUUUUCUCCCUUGAGAUCUUGUUACUUGGGCAUUUUGUCCAUUUCUUUGGUGAUUGUCCAUGGUAGAGGAGAUUGAGGAGGGUUUGAUAUUGGGUUUUUUCCCCCAAAUGUUAAGGGGAAAAACUGUGUCUUUGUCCUUUUCACACUCUAAGAUAUUUGUACUUGCCAGUAUGGCCGUAAACUCCCUCAAGACUGCACUCAGAACCACACUGCACAGCCCAGUCCCUACAAAGCUGCUACAUGGCCAGACAGGUGAUCCCAUUGUUGAGAAAGAAAACAAAUCAAGCAAACAAAUAAAUAGAAAAUGAAUCUUCUAAGAGCCUCCUUUUAUAAUUUACUCAAGUUUUGCCAAAUUCUCAGCUAUGAUUUUCUUUCUAAGAACAGUGUAAUAAUAAUCAAGAUAUAAGUUUCUGUGUCUGGCACAAAGCUCCAGACCCCAGGCAACAGUUCCCUCAGUGAUCUUGGAUAAGUCAUCAAAUCGCCUCUACAUUUGCCUCAGUUUCUCAAGCUGAAAAUGGGGAUACUAAUACUUACCUACCUCACAGUGGGAGGACCGAGGAUCACGAGGCGCUGAUCUUUUUAAAUGGACUAUGCAAGUUGUAAGAGACACAAACUAAUGCAAAGUUCAUCAGUUACUUUUCAACAAAACCCAUUGCCCCUUUCAGAGAAAGACAUUUCAAGGCAGAAAUCUGGAACGCCUGUGUUACAGUCCACCAUAAGUGACCUGGGGAAUAUUUCAUCUUUAGAGAAGUUUCCCCUCCCUUAUUCUGGCCUUUACCAGUUUAAUGGUUUGAUCACAAUCCAGUGGCUUCCUACAGUGUAAAAGUCAAUUUGCUGUCAUCUACUUAAGAUUUAGAGGGAGGAGAUGUCCAAUUUACAGAGUAAGAGGGUCUGACGUCUCUUCUCCAGUAGAUUCCUCACUCUCACCCUUAGUUUCUACAUCCCAUGUUCCGUUAAGAGAAGAGAUAACAUUUGGAGUUCAAGUUGGGCUUCUUAAAUUUCACACCAGCAGUCAGUGAGGAGAAAUUUGAACAAUUGUUGAGUUGCUUUCUUGGGUCUCUAUAAUCAAUAACCUGUCUGCAGAUAUCUAUCUAUAUAAAGAUAUUAUAUAUAUAAAAAUUUACAUAUAUAUGCACAUGUAUAUAUAGUUGUACAUAUAUGUGUGUGUAUAUAUACUUAAAUGUAAUAUUUACAAAACUGUGAUCUCGUCUAGAGAAAAUGUAUUCACAUUAGAAACUGCUCUUCCAUAUUUAUGUAUCAUAUUAUACCUUUUUUAUUAUUGUCUUAAUUAUUGAGGGUAUUUCUAAUUAUUAUGCUGUUAAAAAUCUGUUUAGCACCUUCUGGAAGCAACCAAAAAAUAUGACUCUUCAUUGAAGUGCUUAGAAUCUGUUCUCAUGAGAAUUCUACUAGUCUACUGUAAACAAACAAAAAAAACAAAAACAAAGAAACAAAAAUAAACAAAAAAUGAAAGAAGGAAAGAGAGAAAGUGAGAGGGAGAGAAAAGAAAGAUAAAAGCAAUGUAAACAGCAAAAACUAAAUACAACUCUAACCUUCUUCCUGUACCUCACGCGCAGAAAUGUGCUGCUCUUGUUUUGGGUUUUAUUUUUCCUUUUAUGUGUUUUUAUGGAUCUAAGUUAAGUCUUUCAGCAAUAUAUAAAAAUGUAAAUAGUUAACUUUAUUUAUUAAGAAUGUCAUCUUUUUUAAUUUAUAUUUACACAAUGGUUCAUCUAAUUUAUUUUUUCUAUACGGUUUUAAAUACUCAGAUAUAUUUUGCUGUUCAUGGUAUUUUUUUAUCCUCUUCUCAUGGAUUUGUGUUUCCAUACUGUCCUCUCUGGUCUCAGUUAUAGGUUGGAUCUGACACACCCCCAAAAAAUAAUGUCAAAGACAAAUAUUUUGCCACCGUUAAUUGCUAUACCUUAAAGUUCUAUAUUAUGAAAAUAUACAUAGCUUGUCUGCUUCA